GGUAAAACUCUUCUGGGUGUUACAGGAAUUUCUUUUGGAUUGUUGUGUGCAGCAACCACUCCAUUCUUACUGCCUGCCUUCCGAAGAAUAUGCCUGCCGUACGUUCCAGCUACCGAAGUUCAGAUGAAAAAUAUUUUUCAAGCUUUGUCAGGUCGAAAAGGAAAUUUGAUUGAUCUCGGUAGUGGAGACGGUAGAAUUGUCAUUGAAGCGGCCAGGCAGGGUUUUGUGGCUGUUGGAGUUGAACUCAAUCCUUGGCUAGUGGCUUAUUCGAAGUUUCGAUCUUAUUUAGCUGGAACAUCGAAAAAUACAAAAUUCAAAACGAGCAAUUUGUUCAAAGAAAGUUUAUCAAAGUAUGACAAUAUCGUGAUAUUUGGAGUUGAUAGCUUAAUGGAGCCUCUUGGGAACAAACUGAAAGCUGAAGUGACAGAAGAUUCAUUAAUUAUAGCUUGCAGAUUCCCAUUUCACAACGACAACAACGUUUCAAAAAAGUACCAUUCCGUAAUUGGAAAUGGCAUUGACACUGUGUGGACGUAUAAAAAAUCU